AUGCUAACUUUAAAAGGUUUUACGAAAAAAUGUUAAUAUUAUAUUAAAUUUUGCCUUUGUCCUAUUAUUUGUAGCUUUUUAAUUUUUUCUAAAAUACACACUUACUAUUUAAUUAAGUACUUAAUUGAAAUCGAAUCUAUUCUUUUUAUUUUAAUCAAAGGUUAUUUGACUUUUUCAAAUAAAAUUAAGUUAUCAAUUAAUUAAUUUCAAAUUAAGAAAUCUUCUUUAAUUUCAUCAAAAUGUUCUUCUAUUUUAAUUUUUUAGAUAACUUUGAUUUCACGUUAAUUUUAAAUUUAAAAUUCGAAAUAGAAACUAAAUCCUUACAUUUUAAUUUAUAUUUUUUUUAAUUCUGGCUAUUUUUUAAUUUUGUAAAAAAACUCUUACUCAAUUUAAAUUCUUUCUAAAUUUUUGCUGCAAAAAUUUAUAACAAAAUAAUAAUAAAAACAAUUCUUAACAAACAAACAUAAUAACUUUUACACCAAUCAAUAUACAUUUAUUCACUCAACUAAAUAAAUGAAAAAAUAACUAUUAUUACUUGCUUUUGUAUUAUUUGCAUCAUAUGCAAAUGCUUAAUGUGCUACUAACGCUCAAGGAAAUGUGGGUUCUUGCAUGUGCAAUCAAGGAUAUUAUGGUAUUAAUGCUGAAAAUGGAGGUACUUGUAAUUAGUGUCCUUCUGGAACUACUACUGCUUCUCCUUCUUUAUCAGCUGGGGGUAAUACAAAUGCUAGUGCUGAUCUAAGUGUCUGCAACUAAUGUUAAGUUAACUACUACAUGACUGCUGCCGCUGCCGCUGCUUCUAAUGGUAAUGCUGCCUCUGCUGCUCAAUGCUCUAGCUGUCCAACUGGAACAGGAAACAACGGAGUAUAAAGCUAAGGUGAUGUUUCUUAAUGCAAUAUCUGCUAAGCUAAUUAUUACUAAACUGCUGCUGCAGUUGCUGCUUCUAAUGGAGCUGCUGCCGCUGCUGUUACUUGCUAAUCUUGUCCAAGUGGAAGUACCUCUGCUGCUGGUGCUGCAUAAUAAGCCAGCGAUUGUUAAUCUAAUUAAACCACAAGCUCAAAAACAUUAUUGGCAUCAUUGUCUAUUUUAAUGUUAGCAAUAUUUGCUUGA